UGAAAAAAAAAAAAACCCCGAAGGAUUAUUUUUAUCUAAUGUUAAGUCCAGGGAUUAUUUGGGACUUUGUAAGAAACACAGUUAUGCACGAUGGAAAAUGGAACAAAGAGGAGAAGAAGACAGUGAGUGGUAUGAAAUUACAGAACCCGAAACGAGCGCGUACCUGGGAAUUAACCAACUCCUAUCAUACAGAUAUUACCAACCUGAGGAUUUAUUCCUUGGAAAUGAAGGAACAAAAUCUGUAAUGACUCUACAAAGAUAUAAAAAAAUCACCAAGUAUUUCCAUGUUAGUGAUAGGAGAGCAGAGCAUGCCCAUGACAUGGAAUUAUGACACUCUACAUACUAGUUCCAUUUAUGACACUCUACAUACUAGUUCCAUUUAUGACACUCUACAUACUAGUUCCAUUUAAAGUUUCCACCCACAUUAUAUAGAGAAAUCGCCAGGGAAACUAUCAGAUACGUGGACCUGGAAGAAGAAAAAAAAUGGUGUCAACCCGAGAUGGUGACCAACAACCCCCGAAAAAAUUUGUGCCUAUAUUGCAAAACAAAUUGUUAUGGGCAUCAAUGUAGCCCCUACACAGGAUUUGUAUUUCUCCGAAGAUAAUUUAUUUAGACCAACCUAGGUAAUUGAGAGAUUUACAAGGGACAAGCUGGAUAAACUGAACUAAUACUUUCAUGUUGCUGACACAUCACAAAAUCCACCCUGUCGUCAACCAGGACACGAUAUACUCGUCAUAUAAGACCAUUUAUAUAUAAAUUCAUAGACAAUUCGUUUAAGGAACAGUAUAUCAUUAUUAUUAAGAAAGCUAAAGAACUAGACAAUAUUCAAACUUAAAAAUGAUUCAAUGCACUAGCUACACAAGUUUAUACAUUGAAAUGGACUGAAUUAUACAUUGAAAUGGACUGAAUUAAAUUGGUUUAAUUUUUUUUUCAUAAGAGGGUGUCAGAUAUCCAAUAGUUUUUGGGUUUUUUUUAAAGACUAUAAUGUGUUCUUUGAUGUUUAAUGGUUUUAAUGUUGUAGAAUUAGAAAGUUCUGCGCAAAGGAGAACAGGCAAGUGCCUUUCUACACAUCGCUGUAAAAUCCAUCAGGAAGCCUUAACAUGCCCGUGUUUAUCACUAUCUACAGUGGAAUUUCCACCUUUUCUGUGGCAGUGCCACCUAAUCCAACAAUUGCAACUGAUGAAUCGCAUAUCGGAGGCAGGGUGUAAUUUGAUCCGCCCACAUUAUUGCCAUGUAUGGCACAAGGCUCAUAACACAUUCCAUUUUUGCAAAGGAAAUAUGGGGGGAUUUUUUCAGCCGCCUUCCAGGAUGAUGUGUAUCAGCUUUUUAAUGCUGUGUGUCCCAAUGAUCGUACAGAAGAAACGAAGAGGAAAAAAAGACUUCAGCAUCACAUAAGACUUUCAACAAUGAGGCAGAGUUGCUGGGACCAAAUGGACAAAAUCAUUAAAAAGCACCCUGGGACAAGUAUUUUCGCAUUUAGAGAGUUAAGUCGCCUGGAGGUUUCUCAGGCAAGUUCUCUCCUUCAGAGAGUUAUUGAUGAAGGCUUGAGCAUUGCCAAGAUGAAAAAGAUAUUGAAGGACUGUCCCUCUCCUCCACCAGAGACAACUUUAUUUGCUCUGCAGAGAAUUCGGGGAAAGGCUAACAAAGAAAGGAAAAGAAAAGGCACACCAAAUGCACCAAGCUCAUCGACUCCUCCAAAGGUUUCUGCAAUAGAAGAAGCAGAUAAUUCUCGUGACAACAAAGAAGUUGAAAAAAUUGAGCUAAACAAGCACAAACAAUUACAGCGAAAUAUUGAAGAGAAAAGGAAAGUGAAGAAUACUCUUGAGCGGGAUAUUGAAGAAAAAAGAAAAGAGAAAGAGAAUCUGAAUCGAGAAGUUCUUGCUACCAGGAAAGAAAAAGAUGAUCUGGAACAAGAAAUAGGAUUAUUAAAGAUGGAUAUCCGGAAGAUUCUUAAAGAGAAAAGUUCCCUAGAAGAGGAGGUAGAGGCACUUAAGAGUCAAGCAUCUAGGAUCUGUAAAGCAGAAGACUCAUUGCCACUAAAAGUUAGUACAAUAACAUGUUUUACUUAUUAGUGUUAGACUUUGUGAAGUGUUCAGGGGUCAACAUUAUAUAAAUAGUACUGCCUGUUUGGGAGGGUAACAGUUGAAAUUGACACCCCGAGAAAACCAUUGUCAACCGACGCGAAGCGAAGAAAGGCAACCAGUUGUUAAGCCCAACAAAUUUUAAACUAGAU